AUGUCGUUCUUCGGCUUCGACACGAACCUGCCUGGGGACAGGCGAGGCGGACAGGGCAUGUUCGAUCGGCAAGAUCCUUUUGGUGGACUUGGAGAUGGCGGUGAUCAAGAGGCGCUGGACUUUGACCAGACGUAUGAUGGUUUAGGACAGCAUCUACAAGAGACGGGCGAUGAAGACAACGACGAUACCUUUGGCGGCGAUAUGCCCGUAACGCGCGAUCAGCUUGGAAAAGACUUCGACUUCGCUGGCCAGACUGCCAACAUCCGCGAUACUCUGCUUGAGGAGCAAGUGCUUCACCAGGCACGCCAGCCAAUGCAGCAGGCCCGCGCGCCAAAGCCUGCAAGGACUGGAUAUGAGGCAUACAAGCAGCCAGACUACAUGCCCAAGCUGGAAGCAGACGCCUCAAUCUGGGGCACAUCAGUCACGAAGAAGCAGGCACCUCAAGUACAGCAGGAGCAGCCGCUGGCGGGAAGUGCCCCAAAGAUGAUGAGCUUGGAGGAGGUUGAGGCCAUGAUGCGUGCCAAUGCGAGACCCACUCCACUGGCUCAGCAGCCCGCUCCUGAUGUGCAUGCUCAGACUUUGGGCUUGAAGAACAUGCUUGGACUUGGUGGUCCUCCGAGCGGUGCACCAACUCCGCCAGCUCAACAGCCACAGCCAGCCUUCGAGCAGCAGCAACAAAGACCGCCGCAGAUCUUGCAACGCCCGCAACCUCCACAGGAAAAUCAGCAGCCACAGCCAGAUUACAACCUCCGAGCACCACAGAUCCUGCAGAGACAACACUCUCCUGCUAAUGCGAGACCCCAGUCGCAGGACUUUAACGGUCAGCCACAGUUCCAGCACGGCCCUCCUCCAGGUAUGCCUAGGGUUGGUGGUCACACUGUGCCUCCACAUGUCCGGCAUCAACAGCAGAACCAUCAGCAGCAUGGUCAUAAUCGUGGCCCAUCGUAUAGCGGCCCGCCUAUAACACAGGCGCAGCAACUGAUGCAGAUGGCACCCGAAGAGCGUGAAGCAUACCUCGCGGAGGAAGCAAAGCGUGCUAAGCGAAACCACAAGAUCUUCCUUCUCAGCAAGAACAACGGCCUCAUGACACCUCAGGACAAGAACUUCAUCACUCGCAUCCAGCUACAGCAACUGCUUACAGCCACUGGCGGCAUUGACAACGAGCAAGGCAGUGAGGAGCAGCUAGCAGAGGACUUCUACUACCAAGUAUAUGCAUCAAUCAGAGGUCCACCACGCAGUGGCCCUGGUCAGCCACUCAAUCAGUUCGCUCAGACUUAUCUUUUCCAAACUGGCAGUCGCUACGGCUAUGGACGAAGUAGGCAUCAUCCACGCGGUGGCGAUAAUCACGUGCAAAGAAUGGAGCAGCAGGUCGCCAGAGCUGUUGAGGCAGCGAAGGCUAGACCGAAGAAUAAGCAGCUGGUGAUGGAGGGAAGCCUUGGAAAGAUCGCCUUUAGUAACUCUAAGACGCCCCGACCACUUCUUAACAUCAAGCGGCCAGACUCAGCACAUCCUCAGAUGAGACCACCAAAGCCAGCAGACCGCAAGACCGCUCUAAGGAACAUUGAGAGCCUUUACUCGACCUUGAUGAGACUCGAAGACCACGAACGCAAGCUUCCACCGCCACCCAACGAGGAUAGCCCGCCAGAUGUGAUAGAAGACCACAUGAGAUGGCGCAGUGAGAUGCAGGAGCUCAACCAGCAGUUGUGGGAGACACUAAAGGUCAUGGAGCCUAUACAGCCCAACCCAACAACACCACACCCCUUUAUCCAGCUCCUCUCCCACAGCAAAGGAAAAAAGGCGAUCCCUCGCAUCUUCCGUCACCUCGACGACAAUCAACGCCUGACAAUGCUCACCCUCAUCGCCAUCCACCUUGACAUCCUUGAUGUAAUCCGCGACGCCUAUCCGCCCGCCGAUAACAGCCCCGUCCCACCCCGCGUCAAAGAAGAAGUCUUCACAUUCGAACAAGCAGUCCUUCCACCACUGUACAGCUACAUCAGCGAAGCACCUCUGAACAUCAUCAUCGGUCUCGUCGGCCUUGUCCUAGACCGCGUACACCUCCAAGCCAUCGUGCGGACGAAGAUUGGUGUGUUGAUCCUCACGGCAUUCAUCAACCGCGCCGAGCUUGUGACACAACAGCAAGGACCUAGCGACGACUGGAGCAGCCAUUACGGUAGACUCUUCGAUACGAUUGAGCCAGUGCUGCCGUACAUGUUCCCGACAGAAACGAAUCUCGCCGCAUCAGAUGAUGUGCACAUCUGGCACUUUUUGGCAACGGUGGGCGUUGGUGCUAGCCCAGAUCAGCAGCAGAGACUGGUGUUGGGUGUGAAGGAUCGGGUCAUGGAGACGGUGGCGGUGAGCAAGACGUUGCCGGAGGAGAUGAGUCAGAAGAGGCUAGGGGAUGUGAACUUGUUCAUGAGAGCGAUUGGGUUGGAUGUUGAGUUGCUUGGUUGA